UGAGUUCUCCCUCAUUCUCUCUUCCUUUUUACUCAUCGGGCCACCGCUGCCGUCUUCACCUCGCGCCGGCAUCAGCGGCGGCAGUGGAGCGGACGACGGCUUCGUGCCUGCCCUCGGUGCGUGGUGAAGGGGCGGUGGCGGUCGACGUGAUUCGGCUGGGUGCGCGCGACACCGCGUGUGGCGCUGCUCCGACUCGGCGGCGCGUGGACCAGGCCAGACUCGCCGCAUUCCGGUCACGACGCGCAUCCAGCUCUGCUGCAACUGCCGCUUUUUAUCAUCCACGGUCACCUGCGACAUUCCACAUACAGGCCAGGUCUGAACAGAGAAGUUACCUGCCACACAACAAGGAAAUCUGGUUCAAGCUCUACUGUUGUUUUAUAGAAGAAAGUUGGAGGCGGCAUUCGAAAAUCCAGCAGGUUCUUCUUCUGGGUAUGAAAAAAAAAUGACUAUAGAUUUCGUGGUCUGCCAUUGCUUUUCUAUUUCUUUGUGUUCUUGUUGUAUCGGAUGGCAUGAUUGGCAUCUAUUUCAAAAAGUCCAUAUACUUCAGCAAUUGACAGAUUUUGCUAUCAUACAAGUCAAUAACAAUAGGCAUCGAUUGCAAACUUUAGAGAUGGCGCCAAUUAACCUUAGACGUCAGCGGACAUUUGCAAACUUCACAAAAAAACCAGUUGAGCCUAGAUUCAUAGACUUCGACGACAUCGAAUAUUCUGAUACAUUCAGGACUUGUAGCAUCUGCGUGAGGGUAGAUGUCAAAUUCCCGGUUAAUCCGAGUGGUGAUAAGCUUCACUUCAUUCUUAUGGACAAAACUGGUGCCAAAAUCGAGGCUAUAGUUGCCGGAAAAGAUUUAGUGAAUAGAUUCAAUAUUACAUUGCACAUGGGUCGUAAGUACAUCAUUCAUGGUGUUACUAUGCGGCCUAACUUUGAAGAACUGGAGUGUAGAUACAUUCAACACACAUAUGAGUGUUCCUUCAGCGCAAGGACAUUUGUUGAGUCUCUCUCACUUCAAUUUCCAACAUAUCCCAAGCAUUUGAUGCCGUUCCAAGAAGUUCAGAGGUGUCCAAGAAACACUUUCGUAGACAUAAUUGGCAUAGUCGUUCAUUAUGAUGGACAUGAACGCAUUGGGGGAUACCCAGGUGCUGAAAUAUAUAGAGAGGUCACCUUCAUGGAUAUGUGGGGCAAACUUAUAGUUGUUGGGAUUUGGGGUGGCAACUUGAUUCAGAACUCAUAUAGGUGGUCAACAACUGAAGGCAAUAAAUCUAUUGUCCUUGCCACUAUGCUUCGUAAGGAUUGCAAAUACGGAAAUCUGGAAACUUCAAAUUACACCACCCUUGCAUUCAACCCGGAUCAUACUGCAGCACGCGCACUUGAUGAUAUUCACCAGAAAAUAAUAGGUGGGUUGAUUGAUAUGAAGUUUGUUCAGCAAUUUAUUGAGUGGAGGUGGGCUUUCCUAGCAAGCAAGUUGUCUACAAAGGAUCCCCGACACAGGAUGUAUACAAAGAAAGCUCGGCGCAUGUGA